AUGACUCGAAGCUCUAUCUCUAAACCUUUGCUUGUAGUGGUGGUUGCCACCAUUGCAUUGGUUCUUGUACAGUUUGUGCUGAUCAAAAACGAAUCAGUAUGGUAUAUUGAGGGGGAGACAUCCAAGCACAUUGCGGUGGACGAGACGUUGCAAUUAAAUGUAGGGAGGAAGAAGACACCGGUAUUUCGGCAGUCGACGAUGUUGCCAGUAGUGCUGAUGCACGGCAUGGGUGAUGCUGCAGGAAAUAGAGGAAUGAAGCGUAUACAAUCGGAAAUUUCGAAACACCUGCAAGUGUAUGUGGCAAGUGUGCAGCUAGGCAAUUCGGUGGCCGAUGACAUUCAGAACAGUUUCUUCUUGACGAUGGACAAUCAAACAGAAAUGUUUGCUAAGAUUGUGCGAGAGGAUCCGCGUUUGGCGAAUGGUUUUAAUGCUGCUGGGUUUUCACAGGGCAACUUGGUGAUUCGUGCCUACAUCGAAAGAUUCAACGAUCCUCCUGUCCACACUUUUAUUUCUUUUCAUGGGCCACUUGCUGGUGUGGGAGGACUACCCCGUUGCUCUCCACUCAACUUUAUUUGCAAAGAAAUUGAUGAGCUCAUUGGUGAGGCAGUCUACACAAAACGCGUUCAGGAACGCAUUGCACAAGCAAAUUAUUUUCGUGACCCACUGCGCAUUGAUGUGUACCUGAAACACGCAAAGUUUUUACCGGAUCUCAACAAUGAGAAAACAUCCACGAAUCAGACUUACAAGGAAAAUUUUAUAAAGCUUCAAAACUUGGUGCUCGUUCGAGCAAGCGAGGAUACCCAAGUGUACCCAAAAGAAUCGGAAUGGUUUGGGAUGUACCGCGAUGACGAUCCGUAUAAACAUGUUCUUGGCUUUAAUGAGACGAGGUGGUAUCAAGAUGACUUGUUUGGUCUAAAGACGCUCGAUCAGGCCGGCAAGGUGCACUUACUGUCUUCAAAUGGAGACCAUUUGCAGUUUUCUGUCGAAUUUCUGCUAGGUGUGGUGGACAAGUACUUUCAUCCUCUAAUAUCGAACCAGAUUAAGGUGCAGGCACUACCAAGACGGCGUUGUGCACGUAGCCCCUUCUUGAAUUAUACCAUUAGACGUUACCACGAUAAACAAUUCGAGUGCUUGCAUGACAACAACUUGAAUGACGCUUUGAAGCCGGGAGACAACGAGCGAGAGGAAAUGGAAGUCGACGCGCGUGUCUGGGAUCGAGAACUGGGUUAUUUUGUGUACCCAGCGGACAAAAAAGGAGUCAAGCUUAGUGCAGUCUCCAAUUUGGAAAACAGGACUGAUAGCGGCAGCAAAUUGCUGCUUACACCAUCCAUGAUGCUAUCCAGCAGAACGCCAGAUUCCUUAAUCUCGAUAGCUGCUAAUGGGGAUCUUGCACGAGUUAUCGCAGAUGAUACAUCUAACACAACGAAGCGGGGCUUAAAAAAGCAAACAAAUCGAUCUACUACGCCAGGGCGGCGAAGAAGAGACAAAGAAGGAGCCGAAGAAUUAUGUCUUUCGAAAUCAGUUCCGGAUUCGCUAAAGAACAUGAAAAGUAAAAGUGGUGGCAAUACAGCUACCAGUGGAAUGGCCAAUCCGCCACAGCGUAUUGUCAAGCAAAAAGAGCAGCUGUCAGCCUCAGGAAAAUGGGCCUGGUCAGCGUUCCAAUCAUCACCCGACCCAACAGAGCUACCAAUGCCGCCAUUUCUCACAAAACCACAAGAAAGUUUUAUUUCUGUUGCGGAGGCACCGAUCCUUCCUCGCCCACACGCUCAAUUGCCUUCCCAGGCAACAAAGGUUCUUAUCGCGCCACCACUCCCACCUGGGCCGCCUAUUUCCUUACCACCGAGGCCUCCAGCGCCUCCAGAAAUAGCAUCGUCUAUUGAGUCGUCGAUGACUCAAGACUUGCGGCGAAUGCUAAACAUCAGCGGCGGUUAA